AAGUAACUCCACAAGGCCUCGUUGAGGUAAACAUAUCCUUGACAUAGUGAGGUGUGUUGACUGAUUUUGCGGAAGUACUUGAAAUCAGCAGGUUCAUCAAGGACGACCUUGAGCGUGUGUGCAGCAAUAGUUAUCUUUCAAUCCUGUCAGCAGACACAGAUGGAAGAUGGCCGAGCCUGAUGAUUAUGAUGAUAUUCCUGACCAACUGGACCCUGAGUGCGCUGAUGUUCUUCAUAAGAUAUUACAAGCCAAGGAUGGCGAACCAAACAAGUUCCAGAGUUUCUGGGAAAAUGAUGAAGAUGACGUCAGUGAGUUCACACAGGAGGAGAUUGAAAAUGACCCUGAGAAAAGAAUACUGUGGUCUGCCGAGAACAACAAACUUGCAAUCGUUGAGGAGAUGUUGGGAUCUUGUCCUCGACUUGUCCACUCCCAUGACACAGACGGCUACACACCUCUACACAGAGCAUCAUAUAAUGGACAUCUCGACAUUGCCAAGUGCUUGUAUUCCCAUGGAGCAGACAUCUCAGCAAAGACAGUGGAUGGUUGGCAGCCAUUACACAGUGCCUGCCGAUGGAACUCAACAAGCGUGGCUAGUUUUCUGUUAGACAGUGGUGCCGAUAUUAAUGCUCAAACAAAUGGAGGAUUAACUCCCUUACAUUUAGCCUCCUCAGAACAAGACAGUCGUGAAACUCUCGAACUGUUGUUGAUGAACCCUUUCAUCAACGCCAACAUUAAGACUAAAGUUGGAGAGACCGCCAAGCAGAUUUGUCAGCGAACCAGUAGUCAUCACUGGUUGUUUGAGAUUGUAGAAGACAGCGUGAAUAAGAUUUGAUUUUUGAAAUCCUUGAAUUAUGAGCACUAAAAAACAUGCAACGAUUUAUCUGAGAUUCUCAACAAAGUGCUCUUGGUUAGCAAAUUCAGAAAAUACAUUAUUUUGUUCAAAAUUCAGAUUUUAUAUUUUUCUAAAUUCAGAAGUAUUUUAACAUUGAAUUUUAACUCUGCACUCAAUUAAUUUUAAACAUUAAAGCCUUUUCCUCAA